AUGCCGCGCCUGCUCCAACCGCUGCGAGCGCCGCCGCUGCAGCCUUACCGCUUCGCCGCCUUCCGGUCCGGUGGCCGUGUGCAUUGUGCCGCGCCGGCGGCGCUCCUCGCGAACCGGCGGGCCUUUCACGCGACGGCGCCGAGGUCGCAAAAGGGCCAGCACUUUGACACCCUCAUCUUUGUCCAGAGGCUCAAGGAGGAGGGCUUCACCGAGGAGCAGGCGGCCGCGCUCAUGAAAAUUCUCAACGACGUCAUGGAAGAGAGCAUGCAAACCCUCUCCCGCACCAUGGUCCCCGCGAGGACGCCGCCCGCGCGACCUACACCCAAAAGUAGACUUUGCCAAGCUACGCUCCGAGCUCCUGGCCGCAUCCGCGAGGAGGCCCUCGGCCAGGAGCUCACGAUGAAGGAGACCGAGGCUCGCGUGGACCAGGAGGUCGCCCUGCUCCGGGAGAAGCUGGAGCAGGUCAAGUUCCAGUCCCUCCAGUGGCUCAUUGGUGUGUGCACUGGUUUCUCUGCCCUCAUGCUUGGACCGGGUAUGAGUUGCGAAAGAUGUCACCGUCUGAGCAAGCCAUGUCUUCCCGCCACUUACACGCGCAAGCGUGGCAGCAAGCGCCAAACGCGAACAGCACAGCUCGAGGAGAAGCUCGAGGAUCUCGUCAGCCUCCUCAAGUCCCAGCAGGACAAGCCCGCCACCUCGCCGUGCCACACGCACGCCCACUCCCACGGUAGCCCAUCUCUACGGGCCGCCAACGGCCUCAUGUCGCCGGCCGCGACGCACUCCACGUCGACCUCGGUGGCGUGCAACUCGCCGCCGAGCUGUCAGCAACCUCGGCCGGAAGACUUGUCCAACGAGGAGCUGGAGACGUGUCUCGAGAUGUUCAAGAGGAUCCACCUCUCGUACAUGCCCUUCGUUUCCAUCCCGGAGAACGCGACGGCCAAGGAACUCAAGGACAAGCGGCCCUUCUUCUUCAUGUGCAUCUUGGCCUGCACGCACAAGGUCACGCUCACGCGGUUCGCCAUUUGCGAUAGGAUCCGGGAGGUGCUCGGCCAAAAGAUUCUCGUUUCCAACGAGCGCAGCAUCGACCUCUUGCUCGGGCUCAUCACCAUCCUGGCCUGGUCCAUCUACCAGGCGCGGGGUAAGCCCUUUAACUGGAUGUUUUGCCACAUCGCCAUGGCCAUGGCCGGCGACCUUGGACUGGACAGGCCGAUCCAGCUGGAGAAGGGCGAUGCCAAGUUUAGCUUCACGGGGCGGUGCCACGGUGGCCUCGUCUCGAGGAACCUGAACCAUGAAGAGCGCCGUGCUGUGCUCGCCUGCUUCAUCAUCUGCUCAACAAUCGGCGGCUUCUUGCAGAGGCCAAACCCUAUGCAUUGGUCGCCCCUACUCCAGCAAUGUUUAGAUGUCCUUCAUGCGGCACAAGACACGCCACGCGACCAACUCCUAAUCGCACAGGUUCAGAUGCAGCGGCUGCUCGACGACAUUGCGCAGACGCCAUGGCGCAGCUCCGAGACGUCGCACGACAUGAACAUUGAGAUAUCACCAGCCUUUUACAUCAAGAUCUUCCUCAAUCGUCUGCAGGAUAUCAUGCUCAGUGUAUCUGAUCCGGAAAUCGCCCAAAGCCGCAUUCUCCGCAUCACACGACAAGCUGUCGAAAUUGCCAUUCGCGAGCUCAUCCUUCACGCCAGCCCAUCCGCCGUGGUGAAUGGGGGCAAUCCGGACGUGACGCGCAUCGACCUCUUGUACAACUGCCUGCACGCCGUCAAGGGCUGGUUCGACGAGUUCUUCAGCUUCCCGGUUGCCGACUAUGCGGGCAUCACCUUUAACAUCUUUUCUGGGUUGGCCAUCGGCUUCCAGACCCUGUACCGUCUGAGCGUCCUCGAGACACCGGGAUGGGAUCGCGCCGCCGUUCGCUCGACGGCGAGUUUGCUCGACCUCCUCGACCGCUGCGCGGAUAACAUCGCGCAGGUGACUGUGGUCGUGGGAAUUGACACCACUGGCGUUGAGGACGGCGACGUUUUCAGCCGCGCCGCUCGGCUCGUCAGGAACCAGCGCGCCAACUGCGCUCAGGCCCUGGAGCAAGUUGGCGCCGCCGCCGCCCAUGCGGAGGGGCGGCAGCCUCGGCAGCCAACGGGGUCGGAAUGGCUCUUCGUCAUUUCCGGUCCCGACGAGUUGGCAGCCUCGCCGCCCGCCACCGGCCAAACACCGCGCCUAGCUCCUAGUGCCGGCCCCAACGUGCAAAGAAUCCACCUCGUCGACGAGUGGACCUGGUCUGAGCCCAACCCUCUGCAGCUUGCGCCAAACGUAGCACUGUGCAACGCAAGGAAGGCCGCCGACCCUCCCUAUAUUCGACUUCCGCUCGCUCAGAGUGGCCCAUCAGGCGGCGUACCCUCGUCCGCCGGCGCCGAGUUUGGCAGUGAUAGCGGUCGGCUCUCAACCGUGGCUUCCCUCACACCUGACAACGCGCCACCACCCCCAGACAAGGGGCUCCGGUCUUACCAUGAUCCAUCCUACCUUACGGGUAUCGGCUCCGCCUUCGCCUCUGAAAUGGGCGAGAUAUCGGCUCCUCGGUCGUUCCAUCGUGGAUCUGCAUGA